GGGCGGCCGCACUCUCCUCUCCGGUGGCGGCGCGCGCGGCAGGAUGGAGUCGGCGGCGCUGGAGCGGUUCCACAGCCCGGGCAAGGGCAGCGGCCUCCGCUCCCGCCAGAGCGUGCGGCCCGGAGAGCUGCUCUACCGCGACGUACCCUUCGCCUACGUGCUCAGCAAGCAGCAGCUGGGCAGCGUGUGCGAGCGCUGCCUGCGCAGGAAUGAAAAUCUGCACAGGUGCUCUCAGUGCAAGGUUGCUAAAUACUGUGGUAGAUCUUGUCAGAAAGAAGCUUGGCUGGACCACAAGCAGGAAUGCAAGUGUCUUAAGAGCAUCGAACCAAAUUUUCCUCCAGACUCUGUCAGACUUGCUGGAAGGAUUGUUUUUAAACUACUCAGACAAUCAGUAUGCCCUUCUGAGAGACUCUAUUCUUUUUCCAAUCUCCAGUCAAAUGCUGAACGGUUAAGUGAAGAAAUGAAAGAUGGCCUCAGGCACCUUGCGCAGACUUUGCAACUGUAUUUGAAAACUGAGAUCCAGGAUGAGUCUCAAUUGCCACCUGCAAUUGACUUUUUUCAGAUCUUCACAAAAGUCAAUCCCCAGAAAAAUCAGAGCAGCUGGUUGUGUUGGGACAUUGUUGCUGUGUCAGCCUUACAUUUGCUUUGGAGAAUGAAAGUUUCUGUGACCUGUAACUGUUUCACCAUCAGUAAUGGAGAGAUGCAGGAUGUUGGUGUUGGCCUCUAUCCCAGCAUGUCUUUACUGAACCACAGCUGUGACCCAAACUGUGUGAUCGUUUUUGAAGGAUACCAGCUUUUACUUCACUCUGUCCGAGAGAUCCAGAUUGGUGAAGAGCUCACCAUCAGCUAUGUUGAAUCACUGAUGCCUACCAGGGAACGCCAGAAGCAGCUGCUGCGCCAGUAUUGCUUCGAAUGUGAUUGUCCACUCUGCCAGAAUCAAGAGAAGGAUGCUGAGAAAUUGGCUGGUGAAGAGCGUGCCUGGAAAGAAGUCAAAGAUGCUGUAAAUGAAGUGAGAUAUCCAAAAUCAAAAGAAGAGUGGAAGCAUGUUCUGGCAAGAUGCCAGAAUCUCUUGAGGAGCCACAAGGGUCAUCUACCAGAUACAAAUAUCUAUCAGCUGAAAAUGCUUGACUGUGCCAUGGAUGCCUGUAUUAACCUUGAAUCCUGGGAAGAAGCAUUGUAUUAUGGCAGCAGGACUCUGGAACCAUACAGACUGUAUUAUCCUGGUUUCCAUCCACUGAGGGCUGUCCAGCUGAUGCGAGUAGGCAAACUGCAGUACAGUCAAGGCAUGGUUCCUCAGGCACUGGAAACCUUGAAGCAGGCCUAUAAUAUUAUGAAGGUGACCCAUGGGACAGAUCACAGCCUGAUGAAAGUCUUGAUGGAGAUAAAGGAAGAGUGUGAGGCCAUGAUGAGAAUACAGGGAAGAUAAUCUCUAGUCUGGAAAACAAAGUAUUCAAGGACAACGAAGAUGUUUUUUAUUUAAUUGUGAAGCUUCUCAAUGGUUUUAGUGUCUUUUCUUUAGGUCCUAUUUGCUUUACAAAAAGGUUUAGUAUUAGUUUUGCUGUAUGGUCUGAAUUGAGUUGGUGUUUGGCAGAAUUCCUGUAAUUUUCAGAGGAUUUUUUUUUGUCAUCAAUCAUCAGUCUUAUUGACAAUAACUAACAAUACCUAAUUAUUUGAUUGUAAGUAUUGGGAAAUGCAUACAGACUCUUCAUCAGUUACAAAGUGAUCUGAUUCCAUUGAUAUCAGCAGUCAAUUUUUUGUAUCAGUUUAUGCUGGCAAUUAGGAAUCUCUUGUCAGACACAUUAUAAAUUAAGAGAAUAUACUUUUUUCACUUUGCCUUGCCCUUUGGUAUGGUUUCCAAAAGCCUGAUCCCGUGCUCUUUGACAUCAAAUAAGUUUCCCAAGGUUUUAUAUGGGGAUUUUCUUCCCUCCCAAUAGAUCUGCAGGGCUUUGUCUGUCUUCUUCUUCCAUUUCAUACCUUAUAAUAUUGAAUACUAAAAUGGAUUAAAUAAAAAAUUUUAGCAUAGGUGGAAGUUGCUUGCUCUGCUUUUUCCCCAUUUUGCCAUCUUCAAGAGUUUCUCACUUUAUAACAGUUUUAAAAACAGAUGUUUGGACCUGUGAGCUCAGUGCUAUGGCUUCUAGACCUUUCUGAGUCUGUGGGGUUUGCAUGUCACAUCCCCAAUCAGAGAAGCCCAGAGACCUAGAGAUGAACACUGUCCCCCCUUGGGAAGACAAGGAUGUCUUGGAAAGCAUGGGCGCACUAUUUCCCCAUGCUCAUCAGCAAGAGACUUGUUGUUGCCAGAGCUGUUUACUUCCAUUUUUAACACAGAAACAAAUAUUAACAAAAGCCAAAAUUUAUGAGGGAUGUUGAAACUUAAAUAAUUUAAGGCCUUUGAAAGUCUUGCUUCAGGUGUGUCACUCCUCUAACAAUUUAUUGCUGCUACUCCAGCCAUGACUGUUACUUCAUUAAUCCAUCGUUGUUGUAAAGUCAGGCUUUUUUCACACCAGUAACUUGACACCAUUAAUUAUUACACGAUGAGAACACAUUUAAAAAGAAAAUGAACACUCUGGGCGUAAUUUACAGCCGUGGCACACGAAUGCCAGGGCUGAGGAAGAUAUCUCCUUUCAAGACGUUUGAAUUUGUUCCACUUGCCCGGCAGUAAAGUGCAGGCAGCAACCUCUGAAAUGCACUGCAUUUCUGGAGUACGUAGCAUGGCUUGCUGCCAGAGGCCAGGUCCUAUCAGCCACCCAAGAAGUGCAGUAAUCCUCACAGAAAUUCACUGCUUGGUUGGGUCUUCCUGCUGUUAUAGAAAGGAAAUUGUCUGGGGGAAAAGGUCAGACCUUUGCACUUACUGGGAGUUCUGACAAAGUACUGAUGGACAGCCAGUUUUCAAAGCCUAUAUUCUGGUUUUAAAUGGGCACAUGCAUAUUGGAAUUUACAUGAUUUUUGUGUAAAGAUCAUUCUUAUGUUAUCUGGUGUUUACAUAUCUGGUACUAAGAUUUGCCAGUGGAGGGGACUUCAGAAUCUAAGGUCAGGUGAUGCAUUAGUUUGUGCAGCAUGUCCUGGGAGACAGCCCAGAAGCCCUCAGGCAUGCAGACACAUCUGCAGGUAUGAACUGCAGCAAUGUUUGCUGGGGCUUCUGCUACAAGACACCUCAAUAGACCAAGGAAGGAGCUGGGGAAAAGGCAGAGUUGCCUGCUGUCAUGUGAGAACAGCUGCCUUACAGCAAGCUGAAACACUUUCUGUGCUGGGGCCUUCCCUCCAGCAGAGGUCUUCUCUGAGAAGACACUUAGAGAAAAGGUGCAGAGGAAACAGUUCAAUGGCAGCCUGAUGGGAAGCAGAGGAGGAGCGUGCUGCUGGCUGUGGAGCAUCACAGCAGCAGCUGUGCUGCCAUGAGUGCGGAGUUGCUGGAAACCCAUCUGCAGCCCAAUGCUCAGUGCAAGAAACUGAAUGGGCAGCAGGAUCCUCAGUGUGUGGGCAUAACCCGUGCUUUAUAUUCAUUACUGUUGAUGCAAAACUUCUUUCAAUUUGGUCAAGGCAGGAGUCACGUUUUCUGGUUGUUUUCAGUCGUUUACUGAGCAAUUUCCCUUGGAGAUUUCCAUGCACUAACACCACCAGCAGUGCUGCAGGGGAGGUUGUUGUGGGCAGAUUUUUUUCUCCUGAUGGUUCUGCUCCAGUCUAUUUUCUGCAGAGAAUGCUGGUGAUUGUGGAGGGAUUUACCUGAAUGCAUCCUUUGAAAGCCCAGCAGCAGGCAAGGCUGCCAGGGAGGAGGCAACAUUAGAUAAGCACUCAUUUCAAAUCAAGGAAUGUUAUCUUUGCGCAGACAUCGUGUUUCAGUUUUCAUGAAUAAUAUCUGUCAAAUUUUUCAGGUGCUGGUAUUAGUGGUAAGAUAAAGAUGCUAAAGUCAGAAAGAGGCAGACUGCAACAUUAUCUGUAAUGCUGGCAGGUUUGCUGCUUGCUUCCCGCAGGUUGGAGGCUUUUCUGGUGCCUUUUGGAAAGCAGUGGUUACUUGAGUUCACCUCAAGUUUUAGGAAUGCAUUUUGAGUCACUUGUGUUUUGUCACUCCCCCCCUUAUUAGUCCAGGAAAAACAAUGUUGGAUUGCACUCAGAGGGAGCAGAAUCACGCUAUGUGUUUGGAAGAAAAGCAGCAGCAGAACACAGGGAAAAAACCAUGGGGAAUGAUACAGCUUUGCUAAGAAUAACUGAUUACAGUUGAACAGAACAUUUGUCUUAAAUAAAAAUAAAUGCUCCCUAAA